AUGCAUGACUCUGUGAAUGCCUUUAUGAAGACAUACUUUGCUUCAUAUCUCCAUUUGGAUGAACUGGAUUUGACGGGCCUUCGUCAUCUAUACUGUGGUUCCGACACUAAAGGGAACCUGCCAGAAGGUAACACUUCAAGUGUUGGAACCUCCUCCAGUCCACAUGAUGAACUGGAUUUGACGGGCCUUCGUCAUCUAUGCCGUGGUUCCGACAACGAAGGGAACCCACUAGAAGGUAAGACUUCGAGUGAUGGACCCUCCUCCAGUCCACCUGGAACAAAGUUUGAACAAUGUUUAACUAAGUUGGUGAACAAUGACUCCUACAUGCUUUGUAGGGUGUUAAGACUCAAAGAGUUCCUUCCUUUGAUAGGUGAAAGUUUUGGCCUGAGAGUUCGUGCCCACGAGCUCGGAGUUCGCCAUUUCUUCGAGUCAUUAGCGUUUUGGCCUGAGAGUUCGUGCCCACGAGCUCGGAGUUCGCCAUUUCUUCGAGUCAUUGGCGAAUCUUGCCCUUCUGUAAAGAACAUUCUACUUCUUGACUCAGAAGGAGGUCGCAUAGCUGUGAAGUACUAUUCAGAUGAUUGGCCAACUAAUAACGCUAAAGAAGCAUUUGAAAAGUCUAUUUUUACCAAAACUCAGAAGACGAAUGCACGAACAGAAGCUGAGAUAGCAAUGCUUGAGAACAAUGUUAUUGUCUACAAAUUUGCUCAGGAUCUUCACUUCUUUGUGACUGGUGGAGAUGAUGAAAAUGAGCUCAUUUUAUCAACAGUUCUUCAGGGUUUCUUUGAUGCAGUUGGUCUUCUAUUAAGGGGCACUGUGGAUAAGAAGGAGGCACUUGAAAAUCUGGACCUCAUUAUGUUGUGUCUUGAUGAAAUUAUUGAUGGAGGAAUCAUCCUUGAAACUGAUGCAAAUGUUAUUGCUGGAAAGGUUGCAAGCCAUAGUGUAGAUUCUGGAGCUCCUCUCUCUGAACAGACAAUCAGUCAAGCAUUGGCAACUGCACGUGAACAUCUUACAAGAUCUCUCCUCAGUGGAUAAGGAUGCUGAUUUGAGUGAAAAAGUUGCCUAAUCUUGAUUUGAAAUCGGAUGCUUUCGCGAUUAGGGUAUGGACAUUAGAUACAGUUGAACUGAUAUUGUAGGUAAUUUUGUUGUGGAUAUGUUGAAAGCUUUCAUGGAGGUUUCUUGAAAAAUUAGACAUCAAUUUGUGGGUAUAACGGUUUUUCAUGAUGAGAAUGAUGAGGGCAUUUAUGUCUUUUGUACAAAUGAAAGAUCGAUGAGUCCCUAUCCGACCUUUUUGGAUGGGACAAAAAAAUUGCAAUAUUUGUCCAAUUAACAUGCGUCUGUUUUGUUGGGCUAUUUUCAUUAUUAUUGAGAAAAAGGAUAUUUACCUUUUUUGCAUAGAUGAGAGAUUCAUACGGAGUACCCAUGUUCAAUUUCUUCUGAGUUGGAAAAAAAAAAUUGAUUUUUGUCCUAUUGUCAUUGGUCAUGGUCAUAGAUAUAGACAGACACAAUCAUAGACAAUCAUACUCACAGAUGGACACAAUGUAAGCUGUUGUGGCAUGUCAUAUCAGCAUAACGAAUGAAACCUUAAAGGUCGUGUAUGGUGCUCGUCUUAUAAAAAAACCACAACUAUUAUCAAGUUUAUUAUCAAAAUAUUUGACAUUACUUUACAAAGAAAAUAUGUAAUCUAGUUUCAAGUAUGAUCAUAUCAGAUUUUGCAAAAAGUCAAUCUGAUAGUUGAUAAGCUAGUUGGUAGUUGAUAUUUACGAAUUAAUAUUGUUUGAUAAAAAGUAGCUAAUAAGUUAAGAUUACAAAUGUAAAAUAAUAUAAAUGAACAUUUAGAUAUAUAACUACAAACUAGCAUUAGAUAUUAAAAGCUAGCAUUAGAUAUGAUUAAAG